AUGUCUGGAAGAGGUAAAGGCGGCAAGGGACUCAGAAAAGGAGGCGCCAAGCGUCACCGUAAGGCUCUCCGCGAUAACAUCCAGGGAAUCACCAAGCCUGCCAUUCGCCAUCUGGCUCGCUGUGGCGGCGUGAAGCGUAUCUCCGGGCUGAUCUACGAGGAGACCCGCGGUGUCCUGAAGGUGUUCCUUGAGAACGUGAUCCGUGACGCCGUCACCUACACCGGGCACGCCAAGAGGAAGACCGUUACGGCCAUGGACGUGGUCUAUGCUCUGAAACGCCAGGGACGCACCCUGUACGGUUUCGGCGGUUAA